AGAAUAUUGUCAACAUUGUCAAAUCAAGCAUAAACAGUAAAAAUAUAUAAAAUGUCAUGCUUUGAUUUUCUGUUAACUGUGCUCUGCUUAUAGUACAUGAUGCACACAUGUCUACUGUGACAUUUAACCAGAUGUGCUUACCUGUGUGUCAUUUGUUUCACAUUCAGUAAGGGUUUUCAAUUGAAUUUUUUGAGUGUCCUAACUCAACUAUUUGAUAUUGCCCCCUGAGAUUUUAUACAUGGUUGUCUUCUUUCACCAAUCACCGUGGUAGACAGAUAAUAGUGUACUAUUUCAUAUUUCUAUUCCUUAUCGAGUUUAUUUAAGCCUAGACUCUCAAUUAAUUUAUUUAGAUGCUUCCAUCCUUGUUUUUCUUUUUCAAUCUUAAUUGAUAUUCAUAUACAGUAUAUUCACAUAAUUCUGUAAUAACAAAAAUAGCAUACUAAUUGUAUUGCACAUUAAUGCACACUGUCUGUAUUUAUUUUUUUUAAUGAUGUAUGUUUUUUCGUGAUAUUGCUUCCAGAAGUGCUAACAACAUUACAUUGUGACCAUCAGAAAUAUACACAUGGAACACAAUUCUCACAUUUACUAAUGCAUACAAUAAAUAACAGAUUGCUUUGACCUCCCCACUUUCAAACGGCCUGAUCCUGGAUUCGGAAGAGAGAGAAAAAAUUGUGUAUUUGUGGUCUGCGCUCCGAGUCACUCAACGUCCUGUGUCACUGUCCACCACAACACCAGUGAGACUUCAUGGCAUUCCUGCUAUCAGAACGUCCAAAUUCUCUUUGGGUUUUAUCUCCACCCCACUCAUUUGGCCUUUGAGGAAGAAGCAGGAGUCCCCUACCACUACCACCCAGGCGCAAGAACAGCCAUUUGCACGUGUAACUAAACCACCUGCCCCACAAACAGUGAGCCUUUUAGGCACAUCUCUAAGAUCAGAAACAUCAGCAGAUAUCAGUAAACUGAAACAGACUAAUCCUCAGGUGGAUCUAUCAUUGCAACAGGCAGAUGUCCAGAACAAAAGCACAAACAUUGAGUCUUUCCAAGUACUGUCUCUCAACAACCGUAAAAACAAACCACUAGGCCAACCGAUGGUAUUGAAUGUUGAUCGAGAAAACAGGACUUUGACUGAGGCACUGGAUUAUGCAUCUGGAAUUGAACCAUUUUUCAACUCUGAUAUUGGAGUCAAUCCUUUUGGCCUUUAUGAUCUUGACUCAAUCUAUUCUCACGUGGAAACCAUGAAUUCCGAUCACCUGGAUGCUACCAUCUACAAUGAUGUGUUAAUACUCAGCAACCCAACGACUCCUCCUUCUAAUGUGGACAAACUCUUUCAUAGUCAAUAUGCCAUACUUCCCUGGGGUGUGACUGAAGCUACGGUACUUCAAACCACAAUGUGGAGCAGGUGGUCCAUUCCAAUCAAUUCAGUACAGACUUUGCUUUCAAGAGGAGCACUUAUGGAGAUGUAUGAACCAAGCGCCAACAGCAGGCAAAAAACUGACAACUCUAUCUCAAGUGAAAUUAUACUGCACAAUUACAAGACAGACUUCCAUCUAAUGAGCACACAGUCCUGGCAUACACCAUUGUCUUCAGUAGGAGUCCUCCGUGAACACUCCAAAGGCAUAUUGACUCCUACACCAGUAUUAAGUUUACUGCCUACCAACCAUAAAACAUCUCCAAAAAAUAAAACUUUACAGCUAUUAGCUUUCAAUUCUUCAACACAAAGUAAUGGGGCUUUCAGCAUGGCAAAACCAUUGUUUUUGUCCCUACCAAGUCUUAUCAUUACAGAGAAAACGAUUCAACCUCUUACUGAUACUGUUCAUGAAAAUAUGUCUCUCAACCUAUCACAGAAUAGGGAACCAUUAGAGGCUAGUUUGACACACUCUAUUUACUUCCAACAUGACUUGUUAACAACUGAUGAUAUAGUUCCUGCUCAGUUAUAUUUGGAACAUCUCACUGCAAUAGCUACUGCCAUGACUCCUGACUCUCCUAGAACAUCAAACAUGUUUCCCUCCAAGAGUGUCAGUGAUUCCAUUUUACCUUCAUUGAGAAGUCAUUUUAACUCUAUUCUCAGUGAUUAUUUGGAAGACACACAACCUAAAAUCCGUUUUGGCGAAUUAAGCUCUAACUGGCCCAUGAGAACUGGUGUGAUAAUGCCAGACUCAACACGGAAGUCCCAAAUAGAUAUACCUCAUACUUCAAAUCUGUCACAGAUUUACGGAAGCCGUUUUACAGAAACUCCAAUGUUUGGGAGUAAAGGCCAUAAGCAUUAUGCAAACACAAACAAUGUGUCAAUGAUGACAAGCUUUCAUAUGUCAUUUAACACAGUGUUGAUAUCAGGUAGGAUGACAUUGGAUGUUUUGCCCACAAUUUUAUUAUCACCUCAAACAGGACUCACACAGAGUCAUUCAGGUUUAGAGUGGUCCUUAACAAGUUCUGUCUCUUCUACUGAUAUCGUCAGUCACAAACUCUCUUAUAUUCUUCUCAAACCAUCUAAACCUCAGCAUGGACAUUUAGAACUAUUUAACCCCAUAGAUACAUCCAUUGAUCUUCCGAUUGAGACAUUGUCAACAGAUAAUGACCUUUCUCAACUACAGAUGAGCCCCAGUCAUCUGAUAGAGCAUAGUACAUUUUAUUCUCAGGGAAAAUGGUAUGAGUGGGGUUUCAGUACAUUACACUUGCCAUUCUCUACCAAUUCAUUGCCAGUCCACUCUGCCAGUAUGAAUCCUUUCCCCAAAUACACUGUUAUGGAUGCAGCCCACUCUUCAACUGACAUUUCUCCAAGGGUUAUUAGCACAGUAAUGGAGAAAGCCCAGUCAGCUGGAUCUGUCUCCUUUCCACACACUGAAAUAACAGUUUCUUCCCUGCAGAGCCACAUUACUCCUGGAAGUCAAUCAGCAGUAAAGGCCCCAUCGAUAGCAAAAAACAACACUUUCCCGUCUAACACCAAGCCUACAACAUUUGUAAAUUCAGGGUUAUCUAGCAGCGGGACACAGUACAGAGAAGAUGGACAUAAUGAUCAUCCACUUUCAACAGAUGAUAAGUUAGCAAGCCAAAUAGGACAUGGCAACAAAGAGGCUGCUGUCCAAGUUUCAACCACACUCUUUCCUCUGACUGGUGACAAUCAUUCAUUAGUCCACACACCAAUGUCAUUUUCUGCACUACCUGAUAGAGUUACUGCUCUGGACAGCACUGUGCCUUUUAGCACCACCCCAUGGAGCUUUCCAGUCUUGACUGAACUUGCAUCCUGUCCAUGUAAAACACACUCUCAUGUUGUGUGUCUGUGUGGACGUGCAGCCGGGAACAAGGUAUUCUACAGAGUUGAACUUGUUUUCCCUCAACAGAAUGAGCCUGAUGUGACUGAACUCACAGAAUUGCUCAAGUCGACUUCCCACUACUGGAUAUAUCCAAAACAUGUGAAGUGUGACAGGGACAACAAAUGCCAGGCCAUUUUGGUUCACAAUAUGACCAUGAAUUCAAGUGCCAUAAUGGCAGAUAUAAAGGAUAGGCUGAGGUCCUCAACGAUGGAUGAAAAUGGAUCAGUGGUAGUAACGUUGGAAACUGUUGAAAACUGUCCUGAAGAGAAAGAUCUCAGCGAUGACCGUUACAAGUGGCUUGAGAGCAGACCCAUGGUGACCGUACAUAUUCCCUGUUUGCAUUUUAAGGACCAAUAUGCCUCCAGAACCUGUUUCAUUGAUUCACGAGAUUUCAAAUCAAAAUGGAAUGAUUCAGAUGCCGCCAACUGCCCAAGCAUAAAGGACAUUGAGGUUUCUGAAGAGACUGCUGCAGACGUGGCUGUGCAGUUGGCAGACAUCAGUAACAAUGAGCUGUCAAAGGAGGAGGUGUCCACGGUAGUUACAAAAGUAAAGGAGCUGGUUAAUGUAGCCCGAAUCAAUAAAACUCUGGCCGAAGCCGUGGUAAACAUCAUCUCCAAUGUGAUGACCAGCUCCAGCACAGCACAAGCAGCUGCCUCUGAAAUUGCUUUGAGAGCUGUGGAUAACCUGGUUCAGAAGAUUGAAUUUGAAGGCCCAAUCUUCAGAACCUCCUCUAAGAACCUGGCUGUGGGUAUAUCCGCUGUUAAUGCCAGUGAGUUCAAUGGGACCACCUUCAGCGCUAUUAUCCCUCCCAAUACUACAGAACCCGAGAUUAAAUUUCUGGCAGAAUCUGAGAAUCCUCUGGCCGUAGUUACACUGCCAGCAACGUUACUGCUUAACUUAACUAAUGCAAAUAUAGAGGCUAUUUCCAGAAUAAACUUUGUUUUCUUCAGCAAGACUGGUCUAUUUCAGGAUGACAUAAGAAAUGGCUUAUCUUUGAACAGUUAUGUAGUUGCCAGCAGUGUGGGCAACUUCUCGAUCAGAAACCUCAAGGAUCCUGUGCGAAUAGAGAUUGCUCAUCUGCUGCACAAGCCAGAUCCAAAGCGAAGCUGUGUAUUUUGGGAUUUUACCAUCAAAAAUGGAAUUGGUGGCUGGAACAGCGAGGGUUGCCUAGUCAGUCCUGAUUCAAGUGACAACAGGACUGUGUGUCUGUGUAAUCAUCUGACUCACUUCGGGAUUUUAAUGGAUAUAUCAGGCACUGCAGCACAAAUUGAUUACCAGAACACAAGGGUUCUCACUUUUAUCACUUACAUUGGAUGUGGUGUGUCUGCUAUCUUCUCAGCAGCCACUCUUCUCACUUAUAUUACCUUUGAAAAGCUGCGCAGAGACCACCCAGCAAAGAUCCUUAUGAACCUCAGUACCUCACUGUUGUUCCUUAACAUGGUCUUUCUUCUUGAUGGUUGGCUGGCAUCAUUUGGCAUGGAAGGCCUGUGUAUUGCUGUGGCUGUCUUUAUGCACUUCUUCCUGCUAACCUCUUUUACUUGGAUGGGACUGGAGUCAAUACACAUGUACAUGGCGCUGGUCAAGGUGUUCAACACCUACAUAAGAAGAUACAUUCUGAAAUUCUGCCUAGUUGGAUGGGGACUUCCGGCUGCCAUUGUUUGCAUUGUAGUAGCAGUUGACAAACACUCUUAUGGGCUGGAAUAUUAUGGAAAGGGUGACAUCGGACAAGAAUCAUCAAAGUUCUGCUGGAUCAGAAGCAACACAGUGUUCUAUGUAACAUGUGUGGGUUACUUCUCCAUUAUCUUCCUCAUGAAUGUGGCCAUGUUCAUCGUUGUGAUGAUCCAGAUCUGUGGUCGCAAUGGUAAGCGUAGCAAUCGUACCUUGAGAGAGGAGAUCUUACGUAACCUGCGUAGUGUGGUCAGCUUGACCUUCCUCCUUGGUAUGACAUGGGGCUUUGCCUUCUUUGCCUGGGGCCCUGUCAACUUGGCCUUCAUGUACCUGUUCUCCAUCUUCAACUCACUUCAAGGACUGUUCAUAUUUGUCUUCCACUGUGCUUUGAAAGAGAAUGUGCAAAAGCAGUGGAGGAGAUAUUUAUGUUGUGGACAACUACGUCUAGCUGACAACUCAGACUGGAGCAAGACUGCUACUAACAACACCAAAAAAGUUAGCUCAGACAAUCUGGGGAAGUCCCUGUCCUCCAGCUCUUUCAGCUCAAGUACAGCUAACUGGACAUCGAAAGCAAAAGCCUCUUUAAAUCCUUUUUCUAACUAUAACAACAGUUCAGGAAGUCACUAGUGGCUGCCAUUAGGGCAAAGAAACACCUCUGCAGGCUCCUCACUUGACUCUACAUUACCCUAUCUUGCAUUCCCAAGCCAUUUUGCCUGCGUAGCUGUCUUGACAUUAGCCUACACCCUUGUUAAGUACUUGUGUUGUCUCGUUCAAAAGGACUUUGUCUCUAUUUGUGUUUUUGAUUCACCAUCGGAUAAAUUAUAAAAAUUGGCAAAAUUAUGUUAAGUCACAAAAUCAGCUAUGCACUGUAGUGAAGUUUAUGUACAAGUUAUAUUUAAGAUCACAAUGUGAUAUUAAAAGAGAGAAAUUAGAAAGUUUACGGUCAUGUCCUGUGCUAUAUUAAUAUAUGCUUCAAAUUCACUGCUGUGAUGUCCUGUGCUAUAAAUGUGGGUUUCAUUGACUAUGUUUUGAGUAUUGAGUAUGAGUGGUUUAGCUCCCCAUUUUAGUGCUCCUUCUCCAUACUUAACAAUAACAGGAUGGAUAAGGUAAGAAACAAAUUGGUGGGCUUAAUUUUCAGUCAAACUCCUCAGAAUUUUGGAAGUGGCAUGGUGGCCUCAGAUAUGUCAAAAUGUAUGGAAGUAUGUCCCAUGCACAAGUGCCCUUAAAACCCUCUCACCUCUUCACCAAAAUAAAAAAGUGCUCCUAAGUGUCUUAAGUGUUGAUUAAUUUCUCUUCUGUAAACAUAUUCACUAAAUGCCUGACAUUAUACAUGACUGAUCCCUCUACAUAGCUGCACAUCUACAUAGAUCCUUACAACAUAUCAGCAUAUCAAUGUGUCAAAAUAUCAGUGCAUUCCCAAUAAUGCAGGAUAAACGUGAGGGAACAGUUGGAAGUCUAGUGUUACAAUUUAGUCUGUACAAAGUGUGUGAACUCCCACCGCUAUAGUUUACUCUCUGUUUGUAUCGAUAUCAUCACCUAACUGCAACCCUCUGUGUCAUCACAAAACUAAAAUUAACUUUGUGUCAGCUAAAAUUAAACACUUAAAUGAAUGAGCUGGAGUUAAAACAACGUACUGUCUACACUGCAAAAACUGCUUCUCUAAUAAAAUCUAGCCAAGUAUUAUUAAUAUUUUCUCAUAAAAUCAUUUGACUUAAUUUAAGAACACUU